CGAGUGUGCCGUUUCACACCAGGGGAGGAAUCUUUGAGGAGUUUUUGCUUCAACAGUGUUUGAACGGAACUUCUUGACUUCGUCCCGCUUUGUAUUUCAGCUACUCUGCACUUCGGAAGAAAAACCUUUUCUACUUGAACACUACACAUAAAGUCGACGUGAAGCUUUAUUUUUGCACCGUUUUUGUUAAUAAAAAGCACAAGAAACGCCAGCCGAAAUGGAGUCCCAAGUGCGUCAGAACUACCACCGCGACUGCGAGGCCGCCAUCAACCGGAUGGUGAACAUGGAGCUGUUUGCGUCUUACACCUACACUUCUAUGGUGAGAACACGUCAUGUGAUGCUGAUGUCUAUAAUAACCUUAGUCUCAAGCUAUAUUAGCUUAAUGCUAGACAAAGAGAACGGAGUUGAGUCGUUAAAUGUAAAGUCCGGUAUGUUGUUGCUAAAUUCAGUAAAGAAACCAGAGCGUGACGAGUGGGGCAGCGGGCUGGAGGCCAUGCAGUGUGCUCUGCAGCUGGAGAAGAAUGUCAACCAGGCUCUGCUGGACCUGCACAAGCUGGCUUCUCAGCAUAAUGACCCUCAUCUGUGUGACUUCCUGGAGAGCCACUACCUGGAUGAGCAGGUGAAGUCCAUCAAGAAGCUGGGUGACCACAUCACUAACCUCACCCGCAUGGAUGCCCACAACAACAAGAUGGCAGAGUACCUGUUUGACAAGCACACUCUGGGUGACAAGAGCUAAAUGCUGAGACGUAGAAGUGAGCCUGGAGUCAGCAUGUUAACAACACAGGCUUUGAAGUAAACUCACUUCUGCUCCAGCUGAUUUCUUUCCUGAUUUCCUCACUUUAAAGCUGGCAUCAGUUCUUGUAUGUUGUGGUGUUUGUGUGAAAUGUCACAUGGAGCGAUGGAUGUUAUCAGGGUAUGGCUCUGCUUCUAAGCUGUCUGACAUUUGGAAAUGUUUCUGAUCUGUUCAUCUGAAUAAACCUUUUGAGCUGGA